AAUAAAUAAAAAAAAUAACAUAAACAUACUUAUUACAAUUUUAUUAGUGUUAAAAUAAGUAUAAAAUAAUAUACAUAAAAAUCUCAAGAAUAUAUGAAAAAACUUAUAUUAACCUUUCUAUUAAUAAAUUUUAUUUUCGGUCUUAAAGUCCUUAAACACAAAUGUAGACACGAUAAAAUAAAACAAACAUAGAAAUACGACUCACUUCCUCCUGUGGAAUCCAUAGAUUUCCGUAAUUUACAAAAUAAAAAACCCCGUGAUAUGUUAAUAACCUACGAUAUGUCUUUUUUCAAAAAAUUACCUAAUAAUGAUUAUAAUUAAAAGUUAAUUGCUACUAUCGAGAAAGCUUUAUAAUUAGCAACUGAUUAUUUUUCUCGUUUAAUUAAAAUAUAUCCAAAAUCUCAACAAAAUAUGAGAUAUAUAUAAAAUUAAUCUAAAUGUGGCGAAGUAAUUAUUACAUAAGUAGACAGAAUCUAGGGAAAGAACUCUGAUUUACAUCUAUAUGUAUCAUAUUCAGAAGUAGUAGAUGAUGAUUAUUUAGCCUAAGCUAUUUGGUGUUAAUUCUUGUAAGGUUUAGGACCUACUCAUGGUGAAGUUAAUUUCAAUUUAGCAUAAUUAAAAAGUUAAAAUAUUAGCGAUGCUAUCUAAUUUGAAGAUUUAAUGGAAAUAGUUAUCCAUGAAAUUACUCAUGUUUUGGGUUUUAUGGAUACUGAUAUACCUAAAUGGGUAACUUCUGAUGGAAAACCCCAUGUAUAACCUACAAUCAAAGCAACUAUAAGGGGAGUUGAAAAUUUACUAAUCAAAACUCCUAACGUGUUGAAUUUUGCUCGAAAAUAUUUCGGAUGUCCUACCUUACUUGGUAUGCCUCUUCACAAUUAAGAUGGGAUAGGAACUGCUAAUUGUCAUUGGAAAAGCUCAGAUAUACAAAAUGAAUACAUGAAUCCAUCAACAUCACCUACUUAAGCUUAUUUUAGUGGUUUUACAGCAAAUCUUUUAAGAGACACAGGUUUCUAUGCUGAAAUCAACACCUCUAUGGAAGAAUAAACAUUCUAUGGAAAAGGAGUAGGCUGUAAUCAUAUCAUGGGUUAAUGUAAUUCAUCAACAAGAGAAUAUUGUAAUCCUUAAACUGAUGAUGGAUUAUGUGAUUAUUACCACCAUGGAUCUUCUAAAUGCCAUAAUGAUUCUGGUUGUAAUAUUUUAGUUACCUACACAAAUACAAAAUGCUGGAAUGUUUAAAGUAAUUAGAACACAUAAGAAGCUAGGUAAAAAUAUGGAGUAAAAUAUGGUAUUGAUUCGAGAUGUUUUAACGGGUCUUUAAAAACUUAAAACUAUGAACCAAACAAUUAAAUUAUAGGCGAAUGCUAUAAAUAUGAAUGUAAAUCAAAUAAAUAAUAAGUAGAUAUUUGGGUAGGAUAAGAUAAAUAAACUUGUUAGAAAAAUUCAUAAAAAUUGUAAUAUAAGGGAUAUAGUGGACAUAUUUAAUGUCCGAAAAACAUAUAAGAUUUUUGUAAUUUUAAAAAAUUUUGUCCGGGUUUCUGUAACGGAAAUGGAUAUUGCUUAAAAGAUAAAUGUUACUGUGCUAAAGGAUUUUCUGGUAAUGAUUGCUCUAUUAAAAAAGCAUCUUGAAAUAGAUUAGAUUUUACUAUAAAAUUUGGAAAAAAAAAU